AUGGCGGGGAUUCUUGUGAGUGCAGCGACGGGGGCCCUCAACUCCAUCGUGGAGAAGCUGGGCACUCUGCUGGUAGACCAAUACAAGCUGCACACGGGGGUGCGCGGCGAGAUCAAAUUUCUGACUGGGGAGCUCACAGCCAUGAACGACUUUCUCCUGAAGAUGUCUGAGGAGGAGGACCCUGACCAGCAAGAUAAGGUAUGGAUGUCCAAGGUGCGAGAGCUCUCCUAUGAUAUAGAGGACUCCAUUGAUGACUUCAUGCAAGACGAAGACGACAAAGACGCUAAGCCAGAUGGCAUCAUAAAAAAGAUCAAGCACAUUCUGGGAAAGGUGGGGAAGAGGAAGGCUCACCAUCAGGUGUUCCAAGAUCUAAAGAAACAAGUCACUGAGGUGGCCGAGAGGAAUCAAAGGUACCAAACUCGUCACGCCUUAUCCAAGGCCAGAAAUUUGACUGUUGACCCUAGAGCUCUUGCUAUCUUUGAUCUUGCCUCGACGCUCGUCGGAAUUGAUGAACCCAAAGCUGAGCUAAUCAAACUGUUGAUUGACGGUGUGUCGAUAAAUCGGCAACCGAAGCUGGUCUCCAUAGUAGGAUCUGCAGGAAUCGGCAAGACAACUCUUGCAAACCAAGUGUAUCAAGACCUCAAAAGAAAAUUCAAAUAUCGGGCCUUCUUAUCCGUGUCGCGAAAUCCAGACAUGAUGAAUAUCAUGAGAAUUAUUCAUAGUCAAGUUAGUGGUCUACGUUUUGCUGACACUGAAGCAGGAAGCAUACAACAAGUCAUCAUCAAUAUCACGACUUUCCUAGCAGAAAAAAGGUAUUUUGUUGUCGUUGAUGAUAUAUGGGAUGUGGCUGCAUGGAAUGUUAUUAAGCUUGCAUUCCCCAAGACUAGUUCUCGCAGUAUCAUAAUCACCACUACUCGUAGAAAUGAUGUUGCCGAAUCAUGCAGUUCAUAUUUCAGUGGCAAUAUUUAUGGGGUAAGGCCUCUUACAGUGGUGCAUUCAAGACAGCUAUUUCACAGAAGACUAUUCGACUCCCAAGAAAAUUGCCCACCAUACCUUGAAGAAGUAUGUGAUCAAAUCUUGAAAAAAUGUGCUGGGUUACCUUUGGCAAUCAUCGCUGUUUCUGGUUUGUUGGCUAACAUAGAAAGAACAGAGGACCGAUGGAACCAAAUGAAACAUUCAAUUUGUCGUGCACUUGAAACAAAUCCUUACAUUGAAGGAAUGAUGAAGAUAUUAUCAUUUAGUUAUUUUGAUCUGCCUCCUUAUCUAAAGAAUUGUCUCUUAUAUGUGAGUAUGUUUUCGGAAGAUUCUUUUAUUGAGAAGUAUGAUUUGAUAAGGAGGUGGAUAGGUGAAGGAUUCAUUCAAAAAGAAGACGGAUAUACAACACAUGAGGUAGGAGAAAGGUGUUUUAACGAACUCGUCAAUAGGUGUUUGAUCCAAUCCGUCGAGACAAAUGAAUAUGGUAAAGUGAAGGCCUGCCGAGUUCAUGACAUAAUUCUUGAUUUCAUAAUAUCCAAGUCCACCGAAGAGAACUUCAUUACUUUCCUUAGUACUCCCAUUCCGACAACUGGGACAGAAAGCAAAGUCAUUCGUCAAUUAUUUUUGCAAGGCGUCAAGGAAGGAAAUUCAACAAUACCAACGACAGGUUUGGAUCUGUCCCAUGUCCGAUCAGUCUCUGGAUCUUUUGUGGAAAUGCCUUCUUUGGAGAAGUUUAGACAUCUGCGUGUUCUCAACUUACACGAUUACCAACGAUUGGGAGAACAAAAUCUUGAAAAUAUAGUGAGGCUGUUCCAGCUAAGGUACCUGAGCUUCAGACAUAUAGGAAUAAGAAAGCUCCCAGAACAAAUUGGACGUUUAGGGUGCUUAGAGAUCCUGGACCUAAGAGAAACUGAUGUAAUGGAAUUACCUGCAUCUAUUGUUGAUCUCAGAAAAUUAUCACAUCUACUUGUUGAUGUUGGUGUUAAAUUUCCUGAUGGUGUUGCGAACAUGCAAGCAUUGGAGACGUUGAAAUUGGUCAGUGUCUCCAGACAAUCAUUAGACUUUCUGUCAAGCCUUGGCCAGCUGAAAAAUUUGAGGAAUCUGGUCCUUCACAUUAGGUUCAAUGUUAAUUCUGACACUGGGCAUACAAAUGUGAUUGGGGAGGUCAUCUCUUCCCUGUGUAAGCUAGGCACCCAGAACCUUCGCUCUCUGACUAUUAUGGAUUUGAGCGGCCUCUUACAGGAACCUUUGUGCCUGCCUACCCUCGAGAAACUUAUCAACUGCUCUUUAGCCAUCCCGCAGAUUCCGAAAUGGCUGAGCUCCCUCAAAAACCUCCAACAGUUAAUCCUUCAAGUGGAUGGAGUCAAGCAGGAUGACCUAUGCAUGCUUGGGGCCUUACCCACUCUGCUCAUUCUGCACCUCACGCAGAGAACAGAGUCAAGGAAUAAGCUCAGAAUAAGUGGUGAAGUUGGGUUCCGGUCAUUGAGGAUUUUUAUUUAUGAUGGAAAUGGUGUAUCCCCGGUAGCUCUGAUAUUUGCCGCAGGAUCCAUGCCCAAGCUAGAAAAACUCAAGCUUGUUUGCCACGUAAAUGAAUCUGACUCUCCGAGCUUUGGAAUCGAGAACCUCCCCUGCCUGCGUACUGUCAAAUGCUUUGUAAAUGGCAACGAUGGCAUUGUUGAAGCCGUAGAAACUGCCGUGGAGACAGCAGCGAGCACACAUCCCAACCACCCUAGUCUAGGCUUUUGGAAAGGUCGAGCUCCAGGUGGCUACGAUCCUGGUCAUAGCAGUGUAGGGAGGCAGUUAUCUAUGUCAAAUGCUGGAGAUGAUGGUUACGAACAAGGACAGAGCAGUCAGGUAGAAGGAGGAAAUGCUUAUGGUUAUGAACCAGGGCAGAGUGGUCAGGUAGAAGGAGAAAAUGCCGAUGGUGAUUACAAUGGAGAGGUGGACACUGACGAGGUAGAUGGGCACAUGCAGGACCAGAUGGAAGAAGAAGACACCGAUGUUGAAAGGGGUCAUGCCGAUGAUUCUGACGAGUCAGAUGAAGAAGAAAAUGCAGAGGAGGUCCCGAAUCCUCACUACACCAUAACACUAAUGCAAAGGCAGAUCAUUUUGUCCUGGCAGACUGGUCAUAGCACAGGAUCUAUAAUUGCUGGCAGUGAAACUGCCGGCACAAACUAG